AUGAAUACGAGUAGAGAGUCCAGAAGAAAAACAAAAAUUAUUACUUCUGCUAGAGAAAACGAUAUGAAUAUCGAUACAUCGGAUAAAGCAACCAGGCGAGUAAUAGCACCAUAUGUAAAGAUUAUAAGAAAGACUGACAAGGCCCACGAAAAAGAGCCGGAGUAUGAGAAAUUUAAUUUUUACAUUCAAAAUAAACCAAGUGUUCUGUUGCAUGAUUUGACAUCUUUUUUAUCAGAUAAUGUUGAUUUAGUUUUGCUCUUACAUGAAACUGCAGAUGUGCUCAAAACAACCACCAAAGCAGCAGGAGUAACUUUAUAUAUGGUGGAUUCCGCUUCAGAAGAAAUAUAUCAAAGUCAAAGGAAUUUUCAAGGAGAGCGGCAUAAAGUAAACUGGAAAAUACAAAAAGGAAGCAUAGUUGCUGCUUAUGUAGCGUAUAAAAAAGAAUAUCUUAUGGUUGAUGACAUAUUGGGCGAUGAUAGGUUUCCUGCUGGAGUGGGAUAUCAAGGUGAUCUAGUUAAAUCUGUACUUUGCGUACCGAUAGUUACACCUGAUGGAAAUUGCUACGCAGUAAUUGAAUUAUACCGAACAAUAAUCCAACAUCCUUUUAACAAAGAUGAUCUAAAAAUUUGCAUUGUUGUAACUGGAUGGGUUGGAGCAGCUAUUCAUCAAAACCAUCUCAGAUUAACUCUACAAAGACAACAAGAAUUAAACGAUUAUCUGCUAGAUUUAACGAAGUGUUAUUUUGCGGAAACAGUUGCUAUUGAGAAGAUGAUAACGGAGAUUGUAAAAUUUGCCAAAUCAACUUUAGGAGCAGAAAGGGGAACCUUUUUUAUUAUAGACGAAGAAGCCGAAGAUUUGGCUGCUGAAGUUUUCGAAGAAGGUGUAGGGGUCGGUGAAACUACUAUGCACAAGAAAAAUGUAAAAGUUCGCCUAGCUAAAGACAGAAGUAUUGCUGGCUUAGUCGCUCGUAGUGGAGAAACUGUGAACAUCAGAGACGCAUAUAACGACCCUAAAUUUUUCACUGACGUGGAAGAGAAGACUGGUUUUAUCACAAGGUCUAUUUUGUGCAUGCCUAUCGUUAGUGUGGACAAUAUCUUAGGUGUGGUACAGGUCGUAAAUAAGAUAAAUGGUGUAUGUUUUACGGCAUCUGACGAAAAUCUGUUUAAGACCUUCUCUGUGUAUUGUGCUCUGGCACUUCAUUAUACAAGACUUCAUCAAAAAAUGUUUAAAACGGACAAAAUAAACGAAUCGAAUUUGAAACUGUUGAAACUACAAUUAAAACCUUGCAGUCACGAUGUAGAGAGUUUUACUCAGAAAUCUACAGUCACCAUACCUUAUAACUUUGCUGAAUUCAGAUGGUAUGUAUCCCCAGAGGAGUUUCCAGAUAUGCCUCAAUUAGUUUUGCACAUGAUCACAGAAGUCGUUGGUAAAGAAGAAAUUCACGUUAAAAAUAUGUUAGAGUUUAUUCUAACAGUUAAGAAAUGUUACCGAAAUAAUCCGUACCACAACUUUGAACAUGCUUUUAAUGUAACUCAUUGUAUGUUUAUUAUACUGAUGAGAAAUAAAGAAACAUUUUUCGAAAUUGAGAUUAAAUCUCUUAUAAUAGCAGCACUUUGUCAUGACUUAGAUCAUGGAGGAUUUACAAAUAACUUCCUACAAUUAACAGAUGACACAUUAGCACAAUUAUACGACGAAUCCAUUUUGGAAAAUUACCAUUAUCGAGUGGCGAUGACUAUUUUAAAUGGUUUACAGAUUUAUAAUAUGACUAAAGAAGACUACAACAUAUUGUCAAAGGAACUUAAAGAUGCUAUCCUAGCAACUGACUUAGCCAGUUAUUUUAAAUUUCGAAUGAAAUUGCAACAACUUCUUAAUGGAAAUAUGCUAGAUAUUGACAAUGCCCGACAUCGAACUCUAAUAAAAGCUAUUUGUAUGACGAGCUCUGACUUGUCUGGAAAUUGUAAACCAUUUCUGGUUGCCAAAAAUAUAUGUGAAUCAGUUUAUA